UUCAGCACUGUGAUCGCUCCUGAAAACACAGAAUUCUCCGAGCAUGCGUUUUGUGAGCACAUCUUUGGCAUUUCGGGUGGCGAGAGUGAAGAAAGAAAAUUUCCCGGAGUGAGGGAGAGAUUGAGGCCACAGCUGGAGUGAAAGGGAAAUUUUCCAGCAUCCUUCACUUUCUCACAAAAGUGUAAAUUGCGUGUUAGUGUGGGAUGCAGGAGGACAUCAUAGGUUGUGUUGAAAAGUGAACAGGAAGUCUUAGAAAAGAAAGUCAAUUUGUGUUCAAUUUUAAGGAAAUUUUUGUGCAAUUGUGUUGAAAAGACGAAAAAGUUAGCAAAAGUGUUUUUAAAGAAGGAAAUUUUCACAUAUUUUCCUCCUAGACUAGACAGUUUCUCUGAGUGGAGAGACAGAGAAUACCAUUAGAGCAUUUUAAUCACAGCUAUAAAAGUGACUUCUUGUGUAAAGUUUCUUCUGCAGCUGGCUUCAGCGAUAAUUUCUUAUCAAUAAUUCGGUGCAAGUUUAUCAAAAUACUCAUUUUAGAAUGAGGAAAAAGAACUUAAUAUGUGUAUUUUAUGGUGAAAAUCUACGUGAAAAACUAUGUGAAGAAAGUGUGUAAAAGUGCAUUUGAGAAUGCACAUUAAAGUAAACUGAUAAAAUUUUCUGUUAUUUUAUCACAUUUUAUUUUGUGGUGUCUCUGUGUUGGGAAAAGUGCAUUGAUUUUCCCAAAGGUCUCAAGGCAAAAUCUUCACGGAAGAAGUCUCUCUAUACCAAAGACUUAGUUUUAUCACAUAGAUUUCUGGUAAACCAGAGAAAGAGCAAGAGGCUACAUAUUAGUUUGAGUGCAUGUGAAAAAUUUGCUAUAGGAAAAAUGUCUGGAUUAUUUAGAUACAAUUCAAAUUCGACUACGCCUCAACGUCGAACACCCAUGAGGAGUUUCCGUACAACUCCUGGACAACUUCAAGAUGUCACAAUGGAUAAUUCAUAUUCCUAUGGAUUCCGAUCACCGUCAUUUAGUGUCUGUGGACAAGGGUCACCGGGUCAGGGAAGAACUGUCCGGGACUACGAGGAGCAGAUGACGACGCUACAGCGAGAGAAUUUUAACUUGAGACUGAGGAUCUAUUUUCUGGAGGAGAAACUCAAUGGGAGUGCUAUGGGUCAGGGAACUGAAUCUCUUUUCAAGCAGAACGUCGAUCUAAAGGUGGAGAUUGAGGCGCAGAAGAAGGAACUGCAGGAGAAGAAUGAACUUCUGACGCAAGCAGCCAAUGUCAUGAAAUACAUGGAAGAUAUGCAGAAAAAGAUGGAAGAAGAUACAAAAGCGACUGAGAGUGAAUUGAGGAGUCGAAUUGAUUUGCUUGAGUUGGAGAUCAGUGAGAUGCAGAAGAUUUAUGGACCAUCAUCACCGAAAAAUAAUCUCAUUUCCCUCGUGGAGGGUGAUUGUGGUGGUAUGAGAAGGUAUUCUGAUGGUGAUGCUGAGAUGAGAAUGAAGGAGCUUCAGGGGAAAGUUGAUCAGCUGAAUCGUAGCAAUGAGGAUAUGAAGGAAGCCAUGGCUCAGUUGGAGGCGAUGCAUCAAGAGAAGGGUCUCAAGAUAAAGGAAUUUGAGAGCAAAACAGAACAACUUUCAGCACAAAAUGCACAAUUGCGAGAGAAGAUUGAGAGUCUCGAAAAGACUACGAAAAUGACUGAGGAACUCAAAGUGCAGUUGUUUGAAGCGCGAGAGCAAUUGGCUGAGAAAAUGUGCGAUCAACAGGAUCUUGUUGCACGUCUUCAAGAGAAGACUCAAGCCCAUGAAGAUGCUCGUGCGGCUAUUCAGAAACUGGUGAAAAAUUACAAGGAUCUUCAGGAGGAAUAUGAACAAGCCAGAAAUCGUGAGAACGGUGAUCUUAAUAAUCAAAAGAAGCCUGAGGACAUAGAGACAAUUAGGUCUCAGCUGGAGAGCAAAGACGUUGAAAUCACGAAUCUCCGUGCUGAAAUCCUGCGCACAAUGGAGCAGAAAAAUGCCGAAAUUUACGAUUUGAAGACUGAAGUGAAAAGAAAGACAACAAAUCUCCAGAGAUUAAUCAACAAGGAUCUUUGGGAUAAGAAUCGAGAAAUUGAACGUCUUACGCAGUUACUCAGUGAGAGAAAUGGUGUCUGUGGGGAGAUUGAGAGUCCUGUCAAGGUGGCUGAGAUGGAUCAGCUGCACAGUCAAUUCACGGAUGCACAGUACAAUGAGGCAGUUGAGAGGAAUGUGUACUUGCAAAGAAAAUUAGACGCUUUGAGGCAGAAAUUGUGCCUCAAUCCGGAUGUUAAUGAAAAGACAGUGAGUGAACUGAAGCAGGAGCUGAAGAUGGCUCAGACUGAUGCUGAGAAUGCCAAUAAAUGGCGAAAGGAAUGUGCUGAGGUAUGUUCAAUACUGACACUGCGCCUGGAGGAAUUGGCUGGCUUCCUGGAUUCACUGUUGAAGCACAAGGAUGUCCUCGGUGCUCUCUGUGCUGAUCGUCGACAUGCCAUGCGAAAAGCCAUCGAUCGGAGUCUCGAUCUGUCGCGCAGCAUCAACAACAGCUCCCUCAAUCUCGGGAUAACCCUCAGUGAGCAGAGUCUCAUGCAGAUGACCGGUAUAUCGGGUAUUCUCGAUGAGAGUUUCCCCGAGAGUGUGUUGAGCAACAAGGAGAAUCUACCUGGGAAUUGUAGCAUGCGUGAGAGUGUGGAACAUGUGGAACGUGUGGAAAGUGCUAAGGUGAUUGAGGCGCUGAAAGCUGAAAUUCUGACACUGAGGACUGAGUUGGAGAAGACGUAUAAGCGCAAGGAGCAAGUGGCUGAGGCCAAGAAGCGUUCUCAUCGUGUUGAUGGUCAUUCAGAGUCAGAAUCAUGGUCAGAGCCUGAUAGGAAUGUAUCAGCAGCCAGAAUUGGUCUCGAUGAACGUGUUACGAAAGUUGUUCAGGGAAAACCGUACAAUAGUUCCACGGAUGAAGAUGCAACGGCUGUGACACCGGUCAAAAAGACCCUGGCUGCUGAGAAGAUUGCCCAACUUGAGACACUGGCCACGGAGAAGGAGAAUAAAUUGCUAGAAUUGCAGAUGGCAUUCGUUGAGAGGGAGAAUCAAUUGAAGGAGGAACGUCUACGAGUUACUGAUCAACUUCAGGCGGCUCAGAAGGAUCUUGAGGCUCAAAAGGUGAUUAAUGGGAAGCUUCAGGAGGAAGUGGAGCAUCUCCGGGGAAGUCUUGGAGCUCAGGAGGGCGUUAGGGAGCAAAUUGAGCGACUUGAGAGUGAAUUGGAGGAGAAAAGAGAGAAUCUGGAGAGUCUGAUGAAGGAGAGAGAUCGGGCAGCUGUGGAUGUUCGUGUGCUGGAGCUAAAGAUGCAAGAGAUGACAAAAGAUGCUGAGUAUAUGAGGGAGAAGCAUAUCAAAGAGGUGAAUUUCCGAAUGGAAAAGAUGCGAAAGGAGUUAGAAGUGGAAUUGGAGGGUCAAUUGCAGCGUAAGGAUUUGGAGUAUCAGGAGAUUCUGAAUCGUGACUUUGUCUCACGCAGCACAUUUCAGCAGAAGAGGGAGGAGCUGGAUGUUCUCAGGCGACGUCUGGAUGAUGCUCAGGCCACUAUCGAUGGUAUGUCCGAGGCGGAAAUUGAACUACGUGCCCUAUUGGCUGAGUAUGAGAGGAAAUCCAGGGAUGUUCAGAAGUGUCUGGAUGAUGCCACAAUGCAGGCAAGUCGAGCUGUACUGGAACGGAGUCGGGCUGUGAAUGAAUGUGGACAGAUGGAGGCUGCUCUCAAGGAUCUGCAGGAGCGCUGUAGUGGACUGGCGAGAGAGAAGGUGGAUCUCAAUGGAAGAAUUGCCCAUCUGGAGAGUCUAACGGCAACGCUGCAGAAUCAAUUGGUAAAAGCAACGGUCAAAAGAGAAGAGAGUCGUGAGAGAUCUUCAGAUGAUGGAGGCCGCUUGGAUAAUUCUUCUCCGGAUUUGGGCAUCGAUAGUGAUGUAGCAAGGGUAUCCAGUAGUGAUGCAGGAGGCAAGAAAUCUGCAGGAGAAACCAAGCCAGCGAGAUUGAGUUCAGCAUCAACGGUCGAAAUGCGAAAGAGUGAUGCAAGUGGAGAGUCCCUUUGUGAUCACAAAAACAAUUGUCAGGUGAUCAAGGAGGAGAAUAUUGAGCUGAAAAAGCGUCUGGUGCGCACGAAGCGUCAAUUGGAGGAGACAGUUCAGCGUUUGAAGCAGUCAAAUAAGCAUAAAGAGCAAAUUGAACGAGAUAUCCAAACACAAAUACUCAAGACUCACAGUGUCCUCAAGCAAGUCCGCUCCAAUAUGGAGACUGAGGCAGAAAAGAGGAAUAUUCCACUUCCUCCACGUCCGUCCGAAGGUAAUAAUUAAUUUUUCAUCUUUUCUUUCCUUUUUGUUUUUUUUUUUUCAAACUUUCCAUCGAGCGUUUUCAGCGGUGCAUUUUCAUCAAAAUAUUCCCAUUUUGUGUUUCUAUGUUUCGUUUUUGUUUUCCGGGUUUCAUUCAUGUUUCACUUUUACGAAAAUUACAUUUAUUUUUAAUGGCACAAAAAAAGAGCAGCAUUUUGUAAAAUCUUCAAAUUAAAAAUAUCGCGAACGAUCAACGAGUUAACAAAGCACCUGAUGUAAAUAACUGAUAAAGAUAAUAAAAGGAGAACUAGGUUUUAGUAAUUUACAAAGAGAAAGAGAGAGAUAAUAAAUAUAUCCUUCCCAAACGAAACAUUCAUAUUGAAUGUGUUUUUUCGGUAUAAGAAAACGAUCGAAUAUUUUCUCUCCUCAAUUUCGAAUUUCGAAUGCGAAUGAAUUAUGAAAACUUUUUUUCCUGUGAAGAGUAUUUUGUAAGACCGAAUAAAGGAGAUGAUUGUUUUUGCAAGAAA